GAAACGGAAGCGAAAAUAAAAAAACAAAGAAACAGAACGCUGAAGCGCUGAACACCUUCACAGGAGGAGAGGAAAGAGACCAUGGACAGCAGCGCCGCCUUUGCAAGUCUCCAGCCAAACACCUUCCUGUGCCGCUCCCGCUUUUCCUCCUCCUCCUUCUCUCUUCUCCCUCCUUCCUCCAUCUUCUCCUCUCACCGCCCACUCCUCUAUCCUCUUCAAUCUCUCAAGCUGCAGAAGCAAUUUGUCGCUCCUGCUUCCUUUAAUGUCAAUCCGGUGCCCUCUCCUUUCAAGACCGAUGCCAUACUUUCCGACGCUUACAGCACGGAAACGUCUGAAUUGGCUGACAUUGACUGGGACAACCUUGGAUUUGCAUUUCUCCCUACGGAUUAUAUGUAUAUUAUGAAAUGUCCUCGAGGUGGAAGCUUUUCGGAAGGCGAAUUACAACGUUUUGGGAAUAUUGAGAUGAGUCCCUCAGCUGGGGUCUUAAACUAUGGACAGGGAUUAUUUGAAGGUCUAAAAGCCUACAAGAAAGAAGAUGGUUGUAUUCUUCUUUUCCGUCCUGAGGAGAAUGCUAUGCGGAUGAGGUCAGGUGCUGAGCGGAUGUGCAUGCCAUCACCCACAGUUGAACAAUUUGUGGAAGCUGUAAAGAAAACUGUUUUGGCCAACAAACGUUGGGUUCCUCCACCAGGUAAAGGCUCCUUAUACAUCAGGCCCUUGCUGAUGGGGAGUGGAGCUGUUCUUGGCCUUGCACCUGCUCCAGAGUAUACCUUUUUGAUUUAUGUUUCACCUGUUGGAAACUAUUUUAAGGAAGGUGUAGCUCCAAUUAACUUAAUAGUUGAACAUGAAUUGCAUCGGGCAACUCCUGGGGGAACUGGUGGUGUAAAGACUAUUGGGAACUAUGCUGCAGUUCUGAAGGCACAAUCUGCUGCAAAAGCCAAAGGAUACUCUGAUGUUCUCUAUCUUGAUUGUGUUCACAAAAAAUAUUUGGAGGAAGUUUCCUCCUGCAACAUUUUCAUUGUCAAGGAUAAGGUUAUCUCCACUCCGGCUAUAAAAGGGACAAUCUUACCUGGCAUCACCCGAAAGAGCAUAAUUGACGUUGCUCGAAGCGAAGGGUUCCAGGUUGAGGAGCGUCUUGUGACUGUAGAUGAAUUGCUUGAUGCUGAUGAAGUUUUUUGUACUGGAACAGCUGUUGUAAUAUCACCCGUGGGCAGUAUUACCUAUAUGGGUAGAAGGGUUUCUUAUGUAGAAGACGGGUUUGGGACGGUGGCACAACAGCUCUAUUCUGUUCUUACCAGUCUACAAAUGGGCCUCAUAGAGGACAAGAUGAAUUGGACUGUUGAGCUGAGUUAGGAGGCAGCCAUCCAUCUUUCCCCCACAUCUAGUUGUGUUCUUUUAUGUUGGAUUACCGUAUAGUUUGAAUAAGAAAAGAUGAUUCCCUUGCUUGCAUUUCGAUUUCUGCCAGGAGAUCUCUUCAUUCCAUUUGUCAUCGGAUUUAAUUUUCAGCCACCUUGUUUCCUUCCCACUAAAAGUUAUACAUGUAGAUAGUUUUCUGUGGACAGUUUAUACUUUCUCGGAUCUGUUUUCACUUACCUUUCUGAAAUGAUGCUUGAAUGGUUGGAUAUCUACCUAGUCAUUGCUCGUGAAGACCUAAUGGUGGCAGCCAAUUAUGGGUAGCCCAAAUGGAUAUGG